AUGGGAAAGGUUCAAAUUGAGGACAAUGUUACCAAAGAAGAGAAAACUGAGUAUAGUUUAGUAAGGGUCAAAGGCACAUGGACCCGCAAACUGGGAAAAAAAGUCAAUAAGGACAAAGUUGACUGUGUCUCUGCAGCAAAAAUAUAUGAGAGCGUCAGAGAAAAGGGCACCAGUUGGACAGUGGUCACCCCCAUUGUCUUUACUUACAAGGUAACUGAGUCCAUGGGCCUGCUUGAUCCAAGCAAUGACACACUCCUGCUGGGCCACAUCACCGACUCACAGCAGAUAGAGGACAUUAAAAAAACAAACAAGCCAGUCAAACGCUUUGUGGUUGUUGACCAGGAGGUCUACAAAAUCUACGGCUCCAAGCUAACUGAAUAUUUAGAAGCCCGCAAUGUCCAGUACAAGAUCUUGGCUCUACCCACCACUGAAGAGAACAAAUCCAUGGAGAUGGCGUUGGAGAUCCUAGAAGAGGUCAACAACUUCUCCCUGGACCGCCGUACAGAGCCUAUCAUUGCCAUUGGUGGAGGGGUUUGCCUGGACAUAGUUGGCCUGGCUGCCUCUCUCUACAGGAGACGCACCCCUUACAUCAGGGUCCCAACCACACUGCUCUCCUACAUUGAUGCCAGCGUGGGGGCAAAGACAGGGGUUAACUUUGCAAACUGCAAAAACAAGCUGGGUGCCUACAUUCCACCCACUGCUGUCUUCCUUGACCUGUCCUUCAUACAAACUGUCCCUCGGCGACACAUCUCCAAUGGACUGGCAGAGAUGUUAAAGAUGGCCUUGGUGAAGCACAGAGGACUCUUUGAGCUUCUUGAGAAACAUGGCCGUUCGCUGCUGGACACUAGAUUCCAGGGUGAUAACAGUGACUAUAGGCACAACCACUUAGACGCUCCAUCACAAGCAACUCGUAUAGCCAUCACAACCAUGCUGGAGGAGCUUGCCCCCAACCUUUGGGAGGAUGACCUAAACAGACUAGUGGACUUUGGCCACCUUAUCAGCCCAGCAUUAGAGAUGAAAGUUCUUCCAUCUCUGCUGCACGGUGAAGCAGUGAACAUUGAUAUGGCUUACAUGGUUUACGUGUCCCAGGAGAGUGGUUUAUUGAGUGAAGAAGAGAAGCAGAGGAUCAUCAGCUGUAUGGUCAGCCUAGAGCUGCCUGUCUGGCAUCAAGCAUGUACCAUGGAGCUCAUCCAGACGUCUCUGCAGGACAGGCUGAAGCAUUCAGGUGGCCUGGUCAGAAUGCCUCUUCCUAUUGGUCUAGGACAAGCAGAAAUUUUUAAUAACACAUCUUAUGAGAUACUGCUCAAGGCGUACGAAAAAUGGUGUGAUGAACUGAGCAUAUCCUCGGAGAGCAACUGUGACCCUUAG